ACUGGUCUGGGUUCUUCUUCUGUGGUGGUGAUUACGUCACACUCGUUGUUCUUUGGCUGCUUGUGCAGGAAAGUGGUGCGCAGGGCGAGUGUGUCCGACAGACACAAUCUCUGCAGGAAGGAGUAUCAGACCGAAGCCAUCGUGUGGAGAGGAGGACGAGAGGAAGAGGAGCGAGAGCGGGAGUCUGAUCAGGAAAACAGCCUCUCGACGCAGCCCGACGACGCUCCUCGAGCAGCGGGGAUCCUGAAGGAGGACGGCGGACAGAACGGCUGCAUCUCCAGCACUCCAGCGCCGGCCGCUGACCCCGUGACCCCUGACCCCGCACCCUCCGCCGAGGAGCCCAAGCCCAAAGAGCGUGCACAGACACUGUCCGAACUCAAGAAGCAGCGCGCCGCCGCCAAACUCCUCGACCAUCCCGUCCUCAACGGCCACCUGGGAAACGGCUCGACCAGAGCCAGCCCCGAGGAUCCGCGCAUGCCGCUGGUCUCGUCCAAUGGCAGCGCAGUUUACUUCACACCUGCCAGCGGAGACCCGCCCCUUCUGAGGUUCAUGCAGCCAAUAGAAGACGAGGAUCCCAAGAGUGACAGCUGCUGCUGCAUCUCGAACGGGAACUUCUCAGAGGAGGAAGGAAAUGACCUCAUUCAGGCUUCCCAGGUUAAAUGUGUGACUUAUGCUUCUCUAUUUCACUUCCAGCAGCAGAUCGAACAACAGACGAUUCCUUCCAGCUGUUCACCGUCACACGCUCGCGCUCGUAUCAUAUUUAGCGUUAUUUUCUUCGUGCAUGUCGGAGCGAUGUUUCACUGUCGGAGGAACGUUUCUGGAGCGGCUUUAUUACCGCAGCGCCUGCACGACGUUCUUCACGCGAGCCGCGCAUUGCGUAACCACCGCGCGAUGUGCUGCUCUCGCGUUUACCGGAGAUUAACGGCAAUGAACGCUGUUUUAUCCCGUUCCCGUUUACACGAGUUUGCUUUGAGCGCCGCCGCGCCGCGCCGCGAAUACAGCGCCGCGAGGAACGCGGAUCGAAGCGUCCUCAGACUCGGUGAACUUGAGUCGUUUCUGUCCGCUCGUUCUUCAGCUGCUGUCGCGAUCCAAACGAGACGAUCAUCCGCGACUCCCGAGAAGACGCAAGAAGAACGCGCCGCUAACACUCAAACGGAUCAGGUGUCGUCUGUGUCCGGCGCUGAAGGUCAGAGGUCAGAUGAGAAGCCCAGUAAGACGCAGCAGCUCAGGAAGGUGUUUAAGGAGUACGGCGCGGUCGGCGUCUCCUUCCACAUCGGGAUCUCGCUCAUUUCUCUGGGAAUGUUCUACCUCGUCGUAUCCAGCGGGUUUGACAUGGCUGCUCUGCUGUGUAAGCUGGGCUUCAGUGAGUCGGUGGUUCAGUCGCGGAUGGCCGCCGGCACCAGCACGUUUGUGUUAGCGUACGCCGUGCACAAGCUCUUCGCUCCGCUGCGGAUCAGCAUCACGCUGGUGUCCGUGCCGCUGAUCAUCAGACACCUCCGGAGGACGGGACUCUUCAGAACCGGAUCGUCCGGCCCGUGAGGAACACACGCACAAGCUUCUCUACAGCGCUUCAUUCAUAGCUAGCCCAAACACGACACUAACGUCCUGCAGUGCUUCUCUGGAGCGGACAGUACCUCAAACGAUCUGAUCAGGACUUUCAUGACUGUUCGUUAGUUUUAAGCUCUGCAGUCCUUAUGAAGUCUCUUGGCAUUUAUUCAUUUUAGCAGCUGUGAUUUUUGUGGAUGAAAGAGUUAAUGAAGGACUAAUGUGUUGGUGUGUUUUAUUCCAAGACAGUUGAAUGAAUCUUUUUUUAAUCAUCUAUCAGACGGGAUUUUUUUUUUUUAAAGAGAUUUCAGGACAAUUUUGAAUUUUGUCUGUUAGUUAUAUUGAAAAUCUCAUUGUGUAGUAUUAUUGGAAAUCUUAAUAUUGUAAAGACGAUGUUAUAUUUGGCUGUUUAAUUUUAUAAUAAAAUAUA